AAGGUGGCGGAGGAGAAGAAGAAAUCCCGACCGAGGGUUCGCGAAAAUUCCGAGAUGGUCGUCGUCCGCGGCGUCAAGUACCUGAAGCUCGAGUGCGUCGGCCAGGGCGGCACGUGCAAGGUGUACAAGGUGCUCUGCCCCAAGCGCAAGACGUACGCGCUCAAGCGCAUCCGUCUGCAGGGCCGCGAGAAGGAGACCAUCGCGGGGUUCAUGGAUGAGAUUCGAUUGCUCCAAUCGCUGCGCGGGAAGGAUAACAUCAUCCAGCUCGUCGACGCCGAGGUUUGCAAGACGGAGGGUCUCAUCUACGUCGUCCUCGAGUACGGCGAGAUCGACCUCGCGCGUUUGCUGUCCAAGCGCGAGAAGCAGGCGAGGGCCAAGGGUAAGGGGGGCGCGAACGGCCAGAGCAACGCCGGGAUGAUCGACGAUAACUUCCUUCGGCUCUACUUUGAGCAGAUGGUGGAAGCCGUCGGCACCAUCCACGAGCUCAAGAUCGUCCACUCGGAUCUCAAACCCGCGAACUUCCUGUUCGUCGAGGGCGCACUCAAGCUGAUCGACUUUGGAAUCGCGAAGCAGGACACCAGCAAGACGGACACCACGAACAUCGUGCGCGACCACCAGGUGGGAACCGUAAACUACAUGUCCCCGGAGGCGAUUCUCAACGGGCAGCCGAGCGCGCUGGGCGGGCCGCUUAAAGUCGGCCGGGCCUCCGACAUCUGGUCGCUGGGGUGCAUCCUCUACCAGAUGGUCUACGGCCAGACGCCGUUCGCGAGGAUCACCGGAAUGAUUCCCAAGCUGCACGCCAUCACCGAUCCGAAGCACGAGAUUCCGAUGCCGCCGGUGGCUAACCCGCACCUCACGGCGCUCAUCAGCGCGUGCCUGGAGCGACAUCCGCACCGACGCAUCACCAUCGCGGAAAUUCUCAAGCACCCGUUCCUGCGCCCG